AUGUCCCAACACAUGAACAUAAAGUAUGUGCGUAGUUUCCGCAAACGUACGCAGGAACAAGGAGGAGACGAUCCUCCGAAGCAAGCGAAAACGGCAGCCGAACGAUCGCGGGAUUAUCGGGUGAGAAAGAAGGUGGCCAAAGGAGAAGCGUCGUCCACUGCUGGGUGGGACGCUGGAGAAGGGCCUUCUACUCGAGUGUAUCCCCCGGUGCGCUCCCGUGAUGCUGAAACGGUCAUCAGUAUUCAAAAUGGAUCGGCCAUCGUUGAUGACCCUAUGAUCGGUGAUAAUUCACCGGCUCAAAUAUUGUUUGACGAUAAUCUCGAUCAGAAUGGUAUAGUAUCACCGUGUCCCGCUCGAUCUUCGAUCGCCGAUAGCAGCAUGCGUGACGAACAGGAUGGUUUCUCGUAUCCUGAGCAUUCGGGCCAGGAACCGUUUGAGCCAAACCUGGAAAGUGCGACGAGGGAAUUCGAAAAGAGAUUCGUCAACAAUCGUUUCGGUUUUCCGUGUGGCGUGUGCGACAGAUUGUGGUUUUCCAAUGACCUCAAAUUGCUUACUGCUGCAGCAUUUGAGAUAUUGCCCGGAAUCGAUUUGGAAACCACAGGCUUGUUUGCGUGCGUCACAUGUAGAACGAGUCUGAAACAUGGAAAGGUGCCGUUAUUAGCCACUUCUAACGGUUUUAAGUUCCCGGAGUAUCCGUCAAAUCCACAUCUCCCACCACUGGAUCCAAUAAGCGAACGUUUCAUCGCCCCACGGUUGCCAUUUAUGCAAAUUAGACGACUACGAUUUGCAGCAGGCAGUUACGGCAUCAUUGGUCAGGUGAUAAACGUUCCUGUGGAUGUGGAUAAAAUGGUGAAAGAACUUCCGCGCCAACUCGACGAUGACAGAGCCAUUAAUGUGUCAAUCAAGAAACACUUGAUCCACAAAACUAGUUACCUGUCUGGAUGGGUAAAGAAGGCAACAAUCAAAGCUUGGCUGCAGUAUCUGGUCACCACACCCCUGUAUCGCCGAAAUGGCAUAACAUUAAGCGAGGAUAAUCUGCAGGCCAUCGAUACCCAACUUCGAGUGGAUGAUGCCAUUGAAACCAUGGAGAGCGACAACGAUGUCGAAAUGCUGAUUGUACAACAGCAGACCCUACUAUGGAACGAGGAUAAGUGUCUGGAGAUUGCCCCGGCGCAGAACAGAGUACCACUAUCCAUCAUUUAUGAUGAGCACGCUGAGGAGCUAUCGUUUCCAGACAUAUAUCUAGGACAGCCGAGAACGUUCAAUCCGGAAGUACGGGUAACGCCUUUCAUGAUGGCUACCAGUGAGUUGCGCCGACGUGAUAGACGAGCUGUUAAACCGAAACAUUUGCUUUACGUGGCAAUGAAAAUUCUUCGACUGCGCGUUUCCGAAGGACUUCAAAACACGUUUCGGUGUAUGGGGACAGCGAAUAUAACACGAGAAAUGCUGAAGGACAAAGAAUUCCUUGAACAGUGCAUCGAUCGGAAUUUGUCUUUCUUGAAGUCCAUCCCAAAUUCGGUGCAAUACUGGCAGCAACGUAAACGCGAUUUAUUCGCAAUGAUUCGGCAGCUGGGAAAACCGACGAUGUUCCUUACUUUAAGUGCCAGUGAGACAAAAUGGCCUCUCCUGCUGGAAACACUGCAGAAAUUGUCAGGUGGAAACAUAAGUGGCAAUAUUAUGCAGCAACUGUCGGCACUACAACGGGCAACACUGGUGAAUGAGGAUCCGGUGACAUGUUGUAUAUACUUCAACAAGCUAGUUGACGUAAUAAUGCAGUUACUGCAGUCGUCGAGAAAAAGCCCGUUCGGGAACUUUCGUGUAUUGGAAUUCUUCAAACGAAUUGAGUUUCAACAUCGCGGAAGUCCCCAUGCACACAUACUGCUAUGGCUGAAUAAAGAUCCUGGUGAGGUGGUUUCAGAGCACAUGCCUGCUACUGUUUAUUUGAUUGACAGCAUUUGUUCCGUGAAAGCUGUAGAUCUCCCAGACAGCUACGGAAACCAGGUGCACAAACACACCUUUACUUGCUACAAGCGAGGUGAGAAAAGCUGCCGAUUCAACAUCCCAUACUGGCCGAUGGAUGAAACGCGAAUUUUGCUGCCACUCACGGUUGAUGAUGGACGCCGUGCACAACUCAAAAAGAGGUCCGUAGAGAUGCACAAUGUACUGGAGACCAAAGCAUUCGACACUCUCGACGAAUUUCUCGCCGAUUGCAAGUGUUCGUUUGAGAUUUACCUUGAUGUUAUCCGUGCAUCUAUAACACGACCAACGGUAUUGAUCAAACGGUUGAUGACGGAAUUAUGGACCAAUCCUUUCAACCCGUGGAUCGCCAAUGUCUUGCAGUCAAACAUGGAUCUCCAGUUCAUCCUUGAAGAGUUUUCUUGUGCAGCGUACGUCGUCGAGUACGUAAACAAGGCGAAUCGUGGCAUAAGCAGUUCGCACCGUGAUCUUGUGCAGCUUUCUGAGCAGUUCCCGGAUCAAGACCACCUGUCCUUAUUGAAGAAAGUCGGCAUCAAGAUGCUAAACUCCGUUGAAAUGUCUGCACAAGAAGCUGCCUGGUACCUUCUUCGUCAAUCUAUGUCGGAGGCCAGUAGAAAGGUGGAGUUCAUUCCUACCAUGUGGCCGCACGAAAGGACCAAGACAAGAAAGCGUACAAAGCAGAUGGACGAAGAAGGCAUUUCAGAUGAUUCCGUCGACAUAUGGACAUCCAACAUCAUCCAAAAGUACGAGGCACGUGAAGGUCUAGAGGAUGUCUGCUUGGCUGAUUUUGUAGCGCACUACACGAAAGUGAAGAGUUCCACCAACGGAUAUAAUCGUCGAUCCACUGCACGUGUGUUGCGUUGGCGAGCGUAUCCGAUGUCUGACCUCGAUGACUACAAGCGGGAGAUGGUUUUGCUGUUUCUGCCGUUCCGCAAUGAAAUGUGCGAUUUGCUUGAUUGUAACAAAUUCCUGCAGUUGUACGACAAUCAAGAAAGCGCUCUGCUUCUGAAACGUAAGGAAUACGACUGCGAAUUUAAUCUCGAACAUACUGUUGAGGAGUACCUGCGUAUGUGUGGUGCCGACGCAGGUCAAGAGCAGGAGACUGUCACAGACAAACUCAAUGAUUGUGUGCGAACAAUCCAUAUGGAUCCAAACGACGACGAUAUCCAGAACCUGCCAACGAACACGUUAAACGCAGUCGUUAAACAGCGGUCUAAUGUUAUCGAUAAAGAAGCAUACUGCCAAAUGGUACGAGCCACGAAUCCUGAGCAGCGGGCAUUGAUUAUCCAUGUCAUCCACUCGAUCCACAGCUUCGAUGACAUUAGAAAACCGCUACAAAUAUUCUUCACUGGCCCGGCUGGUAGCGGAAAAACCUUCACGUUGCGUAUCCUGAUGGAAACAUACAACCGUUUUAGUCAAGCACACAACGCCCAGAACAACGCAUACGUUGCAUGUGCUUCUACAGGAAAGGCAGCAGUGGCUAUUGGUGGAACAACAGUUCACUCUGCCUUCCGGUUGACCAUGUCCCGCAGGAACAACGCAAAAUUAAGUUUCGAAACCCUCCAGCUUUAUCGGAACGCAUUUGCGCACGUUCGGGCUAUCAUAGUCGACGAAGUGAGCAUGAUUGGCGCCAAUAUACUGGACGCAAUUCACGCGCGGCUACAAGACAUCCGAAGCGAGUAUGAUUAUGCUUUUGGAGGAAUGGACAUCAUUUUCGUUGGAGACUUUCGCCAGCUUCCUCCAGUAAAUGCAAGAUUUGUGUUCAAGCCACCUGCAAAUUCUAUGCAUGGAGCUGUUCUUUGGCAGUCACUACAGUUUCAUCCCCUUGUCAGGGUCAUGAGGCAGAGCGAUGAGGAAUUCUCAGCUGUCCUGACGAGUAUUGAAAAUGGUGAACGCUUGUCAGAUGAACAAACUAAGCUCAUCGAAAGCCGAUUUCGUACAGUCCAAUGGUGCAAGGAAAAUGUACCCAACGCCAUACGCCUCUUUCAUCGUAACCUCGACGUGGAACAGUACAACAGCGACGUACUGAGAGAAACGGACGGGCUGGAUUGUCUGGCCGAAGAUCUUUUCAAUGGGUACAGGACUAACGAGCAGCUUGCAAGCGCCAGGAACAAGAUACACAAAAUGAGUGUUGUGGAAGCCGGCGGGUUGCCUUACAUGUUGCGUCUCACCAUUGGAAUGCCUUACAUGAUCACAACAAACGUCGAAGUAGAAGACGGGAUUGUCAACGGUGCAAUCGGCGAGCUGAUGUAUAUAGAACAAAGCGAUGAUGAUCCUGAACAGCAAGUUGCACGACUGUGGUUAAAAUUUGAGAACGAUUCUAUUGGACGGAUUUUGAGAGUGAAAUCCAGGCCUCUCGUACAUUCAAAACCAGGUGUCUUGCAGCAGGAUUGGACACCAAUAGGCAAACGGUCGGUGAACGGUGGAACAUUCCCGCAAAUUGUGUACCAUUACGAGAAAGGACAGGAGCAACAGCUGGUGUAUGUUGGCCUCUCCAGAGUGUCCUCCCUUGAUGGUCUGUUUCUGACCAACGCCAAGAACGACUUCAAGUUUCAUCAUGCCAAGGGUAGCGACACACCGAAGAUACGGGAACUUCGAACGGAAAUGACACGCCUGUCAAAUCACCGUUUGUGCACCAUCAGUGAUGAGUUACUGCAGUUCGUGGAAACCAAGGGCCCUGGCAUUGUUUUGGUAUCCGCAAAUGUUCAGAGUCUGGGUGCUCAUGCUCUGGACAUUAGUACAGACCAUGUACUGAUGACUGGAGAUAUUUUAGCACUGAGUGAAACCUGGCAGGAUGAUGGCACCAUAACUGAAAUAUCAGGAUAUAACUGCGUUUCCCAGUCCAAGCGAUCCAGCACGAGAGCAGCGGGUGUUGCCAUAUACCAAAACAGGUCAGCGUUUAAUGUAGCCAGCCCUCAUACGAUUCAAAAGGCCAGUCGAAGAAACGACACAACGCUCAUUAUGGCAGAUGAAUAUGGCGAUGUUUGUUCUGCUGAGGUCGAUAUUAUGGGCAUCCGUACACUACUGGUUGCGUUGUACAUAUCUCCCAGCACAACCACCAAACAGAAGAAACUCUUCGCGGCGCGGAAUCUCUGUAUGUACGUGAAUUCGAGCAUGCCCAUAAUCGUGACUGGUGAUUUCAACAUCGAUGUCUCGAAGGAAGAAAACACCGAGUUUAUUGACUUCAUGAGACAAUACCUUCGCAUGGAAUUAGCUACGGAUCCUACUCAAGCAACCACACUCGGAGGAACAUGUCUCGAUCUGACAUUUCACAUUGGACAUCCACGUAUUGUGUACAUCCGUCCACUCACGGAUAUCUUUCCGUGCCCGCAACAUAACUUUUUCCUGCUGUCGGGGUAUCUUUGCCGGUUGAGGGUUUUGGCCUUCCUCCGGUGGAGCUCUACCUUGUUCGAGCCAAAACUCGACGCUGUUAACCUGAUGUUGCACUUCCACGAUUCCUGUUCACCUGAGAAGUGGUCUCGGCCUUCCUCCGGUGGAGCUCUACCUUGUUCGAGCCAAAACGCGACGCUCACAUUGGACAUCCAGGUACUGUGGUCUCGGCCUUCCUCCGGUGGAGCUCUACCUUGUUCGAGCCAAAACGCGACGCUGUUAACCUGGCGUUGCACUUCCACGAUUCCUGUUCACCUGAAAAGGUGUACUUCAACUGAUGUAAUGCGUCCCAUCCCUGAGACGCCCGCUCACGAAUAUCUUUCCAUGCCUGAGACACGCUUCUCAAAACAACUCUUUCCUUCUGUCGGAGUAUCUUUGCCGUUUGAUGCUUUCUCGAGCUACAAGCGCGACACUGUAAACAUGGGUUGCAUUUCAGCGAUCGUCUCUCAAGAUCACCUGGAGGAUAUUCUGCAUCUGCAGCUAUACUGUCAGAGCUUAUAG